ACAAUGAACAUUGCUUUGGUAUUCAUCUCCAUCCUAGCAGCAGCUGUUGCCCGUCCAGUGCAGAGAGGAAACAUACCCAGAUCAGGCAUCUAUGCAUACUAUAUGAGUGACUUUGGCGAAUUAAUCCUUGAGGACUUGGUGGAGGAUGAAGGAAUAAGAGUGGGCGGAGCUACUGUAGAAGAUGAUGAGCUGGGUGGAGAAGGAUAUGGGGGAGAUGGAGAACAAGAAGAGGUAGAGAGUGAGAGAUGGAGAGAAGGACCAGGGGAAGAGAGCGAAGGAGGUGAUGGAAUGCAAGGAUUGGGAGAAAGUGAAAAGGCAGAAAGGCAAAAUGAAUAUGGAGGAGAUAAUUCCUCUAGUGAGGAAGAUGAGGAUGUGGGCGAAGAGGAGGAAGACAGUGAAGGAGAAGGGGAUAGCAAGGACAGCACAGAAGAUGUUGAUGAUGGAGGACGCAAUGAAGGAGGAGAAGAGGAUGGAGGGAAAACUGAAAGAAAGGAAGAAAGGAAAGAUGGUGGGGGAAAAGAUGGCUCAAAGGGGAGGGGAGAUGCUGAUGGAGAGACAGACGGAGGUAGUGAUGGAGUCACUAAGGAUGACACUACAGAUGAGGAAAGUGAUAAAGAAAGUGAAGAGUCUGAUGAAGAGGAUGAAGACGGAGAGGGGGAUGAUAAUGAUGGAGAAGGGGAGGAAAACAGUGAAGACGGAGGAAAGGAAGAGGUUGAUAGGAAUGGUGAAGAUGGAGAUAAUGAGGGAGGAGAGACUGAGGAGAAUACUGACAGUGAUAGUGAAGAGACUGGGGAGAAUUCUGACAGUACGGACAGUGAUAGUGAAGAGACAGAGGGAAACAGUGAAGAUACAGGCAGUGGUGGUGAAGAGACAGGGGGGAACUCAGGCAGUACAGACAGUGGUGGUGAAGACACUGACGGCACAGACAGGGAUGGUGAAGGCAAGAAAGAUACAAACAGUACAGACAGCGACAGUGAAGAGAGUGAGGAGAAUACUGACAGUAGAGACAGUAGCAGUGAAGAGAGUGAGGAGAGUACUGACAGUACAGACAGUGACAGUGAAGAGACUGAGGAGAAGACUGACAGUACAGACACUGAUCGUGAAGAUACAGGCAGUGGUGGUGAAGAGAUUGAGGAGAAUUCUGGCAGUACAAACAGUACAGACAGUGACAGUGAAGAGAGUGAGGAGAAUACUGACAGCACAGACAGUGAUAGUGAAGAGACUGGGGAGAGUACUGACAGCACAGACAGUGAAGAUGAAGGGGAUGAGGAGAAUACUGACAGUGCAGACAGUGAUAGUGAAGAGACUAAGGAGGACACUGACAACACAGACAGUGAAGAUGAAGGGGAUGAGCAGAAUACUGACAGCACAGACAGUGACAGUGAAGAGACAGAGGAGAAUACUCACAGCACAGACAGUGAAGAUGAAGGGGAUGAGCAGAAUACUGACAGCACAGACAGUGAUAGUGAAGAGACAGAGGAGAAUACUGACAGCACAGACAGCGAAGAUGAAGGGGAUGAGCAGAAUACUGACAGCACAGACAGUGAUAGUGAAGAGACAGAGGAGAAUACUGACAGCACAGACAGCGAAGAUGAAGGGGAUGAGCAGAAUACUGACAGCACAGACAGAGAAGAUGAAGUGGAUGAGGAGAAUGCUGACAGCACAGACAGUGAUAGUGAAGAGACAGAGGAGAAUACUGACAGCACAGACAGUGAAGAUGAAGGGGAUGAGAAUACUGACAGUACAGACAGUGAAGAUGAAGGGGAUGAGGAGAAUACUGACAUCAUAGAUGAUAGCGGUGAAAACAAUGAAUACUGA